UAAAACCGUUUCGCUAAGCUUCUGUGUAAUGAAUUUUCAAACAAGUGUUGUGUUUCCAUCUCUGAAAGUAUUGGUAGUGAAUCCCCUGACUCCAUCGGGCCAGAUGGUUACUAUUAAAAUACUAUCAGGUUUAAUAUUUGGAGAAAAUCAGCUAAUAGAUUUGAUACUUUUGGUUUAUUCAAACGAAAAGCCUAUAGCCGAGCGAAUGAAAAUAGAACUUAUUACGUGUGCCUAUUGUUGUUACAACACUAUUACAGUAUCUUCAGACUUGCCCAGUAUUUCAGAUGCUGAUGUCUUCUGCUUCAUGUCAAAUUUUUACAAUCUCAACAAGAUUGAGUUGGACAAAGUAGAUAAUGAUGAUCAAUUUGAUGCUUUAUAUUUAAUCAUCAAAAUUGCAAACAAUUUUUCGCGUCCCGAGUCAACUAAGGAAGAGCCAAUUGACGAUGGAGUUAAAUUCGUUAUGCGAUCCAAAAAACCAAAACCCAUACCUCGAAAGCCAAUAUUCAUGGCGGAUGGUUUAGCGGCAAUGGACAUAUUAAUGUCUCUCGCUAAAAAUAUGUCCCAUGACAUAUUUUUCUGUCCUAGUCCACUACCGGAUAUUGCAAAGUCUGUUUUAGGAGAGUAUUUGAAAGUUCAGUGUAACGAAAUCAACGAUGUCCUUGUAUGGGCGGCAAAUGACGAAGUGUUUCAUGUUGAAGUAGAAAAACCCAUGAUCAUUCAUGAUCAAAUGAAUGAUGAAUCUAAAUGCGAUUGGGAUAUGGUCGGCAAAGACUUGUUUCGGUCGUUUGACUUCGACCAUACUCAAUUUAGCCCGUCUUGGAUGAAGAAAGAAUUUAUAGAGAAGGUAUCAAUUUCUUCAUCAAAGAAUCCUUAUGGCUCUAUCUUCAGAGCGGCUUUAUUUGCCAAAGCACUGAAGUCAAUUUGGCAAUCUCGUACAAUUGGAGCUGACAAGAAGUUUUACUGCUGUAUGGGCGUCAUAAGUGACGGAUCCUUGGGAACUAUGAAAGGCUAUCCUUACGUACUCCCAUUGAUUUUUAACGGCGAUACGUGGACCGUGAACAAGCGGUUUGAGGAGACCGCGCACUUGAGAAACGAACUGAAAAGGAUCAACAGAGCAGUUAGGGAGCAUCAUCAAAUUUUGAUACCAUAUUGCAAGAGAUUUCUGCAAGAUAAUGUUAUCAACCAAGCGUUCAUCCCUGUUCCAGUUGAGAGUAGUUCUGAAUAUUCUUCUGUAGCUAAUAGCAGCAAAACAAGCAUCGUAAUGCAAUGAAG